UGCAGUUCAUGCUGGGGACAGACAUCUUCCACCUGGGCUACAGCGAGGGGGGGCAUUGCUGUGGGGAGCCCAGCCCAGCCCUGGCCCCUCCCCAGAGGCUGCAGUGGGACAUUCCAGAGGAGUGCAGGAAGGUUAUCGACAGUUCCUACCGCGUGGCCAAGGCACUGGCAGACGACGUGGAUUUCCACGUUUUCCAAUUCACCAACUUCGGGAAGGGCCUGAUCAAGCGAUUCAAGAUCAGCCCCGACGCCUUCAUCCAGAUCUCGCUGCAGCUGGCUCACUUCCGGGACAAGGGCAGCUUCUGUCUCACCUACGAGGCGUCCAUGACGCGCCUCUUCCGGGAGGGCAGGACCGAGACAGUGAGAUCGUGCACCAGGGAGUCCACGGCGUUCGUGCGGAGCAUGAUGGACCCGGCCCGGGGCCAGCUGGAGCGUCUGCAGCUCUUGCAGGUCGGCGCAGAGAAGCACCAACACAUGUACCGGCUGGCCAUGACGGGCGCCGGCAUUGACCGACACCUCUUCUGCCUCUACGUGGUCUCCAGGUACUUGCGGGUGGAGUCGCCCUUCCUGGCGCAGGUGCUGGCUGAGCCCUGGCGUCUCUCCACCAGUCAGACUCCCCAGCAACAGAUCAAAAUGUUUGAUAUGGAGAAGAACCAGGAUCACGUCUCCUCCGGAGGCGGCUUCGGCCCAGUGGCUGACGACGGAUACGGCGUCUCUUACAUCAUUGCUGGCGAGAACCUGAUCACCUUCCACAUCUCCAGCAAGUUCUCCAGCCCCGAAACGGACUCCAGACGGUUCGGUAGGAACAUCCGCCAGGCCAUGCUGGACAUCGCAGACCUCUUCAACCUUCCUGCCAACAAGGUGGCCAACUGACCCCGCACCGUGGGAGGGGCGACGGUGCCGGAGACGUGUGAGGCUGGCCCCAGGGACGAGAACACCGGGCGAGCUGGCAGGCCUGCCCCUCCAGUGCCAGCGCUCGCCCUGCGGUGGGGCCGUGCCUGUCGGAGUCCGCCCAGCCAGCCACGGGGACCUGGGGAUGCACAAAACCACAGGAGCGGGUGAGGGAGAUUUCCUCCCUCAAUGUUACCGAUAAAGAAGGCUCUUUGUGUAAUGCCAGCCUGGCUGCCGGGU